AUGAAGACUCACAUGGAGGAAGUCAAGAAGAAUGUCACCAGGCUUAUUGAUUACUUACCUACAGCGCUCGCAGAGUUUUCCAAAAUUGUAGAAAACGAAAAUUUGACUCCCAAGCAAAUUGGAGAAAAAAGGCACACUCUGACUGCCACAUAUCCUCAGGCGUUCCGUGUGCUGAAGUUCGCGUUCCAGCAGUUCAUGCCAAAACGUGGCCCUCAUGGUGGUAGACGUCAUGGCCAUCGCGGAAGCAGGCGACGUGAUGGGCCAUAUGACUCUAUUGACUUCAACAACAAAGAGAACAGCAGAACAAACUCUUUUCAAGGUUUCCGAGAAUAA